AGGGAGAGUGUGGACCUGCGGACUCAGAGCUGUCAUAUACGAGAGCUUUAAACGCUUUCUGUGGAUUUUCUUCUGACACUUCCUGGAGGAGGAAUCAAUCCGUCUGUGUCACCUAAAGGAAACCUUUUUUAGAUCUGAGGGAAGUUUUUGUUUCUCGGCAGAGUGGGACAGAGCGCAAGUACCGCCGUUAUAGAGACUACCCCUGUGUUCAUUAACUGUGUGGUGCCGUGGCUUCAUGAAUCAUUGAUAUCUCAGUGGAGACCCUGUGGUGCCGCGUACGCAUGGAGGCUGAUCGGUGGAGACUUUCUGUCUUGUUCUGAGGUCACAGAUCGUCAUUCCAAACCAGUAUCAUCUUCUGCAGGCCCAGAGGAGCGCCCCGACUUCACCACAGUGCAUAGGCCUUCCAUUCAAGGAGCCUGGAGCUGCAGGAAGAGAGAGCGAGAGAGAGAAGGAGAGAAAAUAAACACGGCUUAAAAAAGACGCGCUUCAUGAAUUCCCCAAAAACCUGAAAGGCAAAUACUGCAAGUUGGCUGGCAGUCCUAAGGAGGCAUGAGGACAAUGAGUAUGGCUUGGCUCUGUCUCCCAGCCUACACAGUGCUCCUUGUUGGUUGCUUUCAUACAGCUGUCACGGAAAGCGAUGUCACUCCACGCCUCACCUUCUCCUACAAUGCGAAGGAGAGGACAACCAGAAGAUUCUCUGUCGACAGAGUCUUCAACUACACCUCUCUCCUCCUCAGUAAAGAAGACAACACGUUGUACGUUGGCGCUCGGGAGAUUCUCUUUGCUCUCAACCUCACUGAUAUCAGCUCAGCCAAGUUACAAAGAAACCUCACGUGGGAAACUCCAGAGAGGAAGAGAGAAGAGUGCACGUUCAAAGGCAAAGACCCGAAGAAGGACUGCUUCAACUACAUCAAGAUUUUACUACGUAUUAACAGCACCCAUCUGUACGUGUGUGGAACAUACGCCUUCAGCCCCACCUGUGCUUACAUAAACUCUGCAGACUUCUCUCUUGUCAAGAGUGAUACCGGUGAGAUAGUCACAGAAGAUGGACGAAGCCGCUGCCCGUUUAACCCUGAAUACAAGUCCACUGCAAUCAUGGCUGAUGGAGAGCUGUACGCUGGCACAGUCAGUAAUUUCCAAGGAAAUGAACCCAUCAUUUACAAGAGUCUGAGCCAAGGAACUGCUCUGAAAACCGAAAACUCACUCAACUGGCUUCAAGACCCGGCGUUUGUCGGCUCUGCCUACAUACAGGAGAGCCUGCCCAAGGGCAACCUAGUGGGUGAUGAUGAUAAGAUUUACUUCUUCUUCAGCGAAGCAGGAAAGGAGUUUGAUUUCUUUGACAACACCAUUGUGUCACGCAUUGCUCGCGUGUGUAAGGGCGACAUGGGAGGCGAGAGGGUUCUGCAGAAGAAAUGGACGACCUUCCUGAAGGCUCAGCUCUUGUGCUCUCUGCCUGAUGAUGGCUUCCCCUUUAACAUAAUCCAAGACAUGUUUGUGCUGACACCCAGCCCCGAGGACUGGAAGAACACUGUGUUUUAUGGAGUCUUCACAUCUCAGUGGUACAAAGGUGCUUCAGGAAGCUCUGCAGUGUGUUCCUUCACUAUGGACCAGGUGGAAAAGGCGUUCAACGGGCGAUACCGUGAGGUCAACAGAGAGACUCAGCAGUGGUACACAUACAACCAUCCGGUCCCAGAGCCUCGGCCUGGAGUGUGUAUUACAAAUGCUGCCAGGGAGCAGGGCAUCUCCUCCUCGCUGCACAUGCCGGACAAGGUGCUGAAUUUUGUCAAAGACCACUUUCUGAUGGACAGCGUGAUCCGCAGCCAGCCUCUCCUGCUAAAACGCAACGUGCGCUACACACAGAUUGCUGUCCAUCGAGUUAAGACAGUGAGAAAAGCGUAUAAUGUGCUCUUCAUUGGCACAGAUGAUGGGAGACUUCAUAAAGCCAUUAACGUUAACAACAAGAUGCACAUCAUCGAGGAGAUUGCGCUCUUCAAUGAUUCCCGACCAGUGCAACACAUUGAGCUGGACACUGAGAAGGGUCAGCUUUAUGUUUCCUCUUUCUCUGAACUGGUGGAGGUCCCAGUAGCUAACUGCGCUAAUUAUCAGAGUUGCGGGGAGUGCAUCCUCUCAAGGGAUCCUUACUGUGCCUGGAACGGGAGGCAGUGUGUGGAUGUCAGACAGGCUCCAACGAGCAAUGCAUGGCAGCAGGAUGUUGACAAAGCAGACACAUCAGCUAUUUGCAACAAGACAGUGCCAAGCCCACGGUUUGCUAAACCUCCACCUACACGAAUGUCUUCGUGCCAGGUGAUCAUUAUCCCAGCCAACACGUUCAAAGUACUCCCCUGCAGCCUGCGCUCUAAUUUGGCUGAAAGGAGGUGGGAGUUCAGUGAGAGCGCGGGUCACUUCCAUUACCCCAGCCCAGAGGGGGGGUUAGUGGUGGUAGCUCAAGCUGACAGGCAGGAAACCUAUGAGUGCUGGUCAGUGGAAGAAGGCUUCAGACAGCUGCUGGCAAACUACUGUGUACGGGGCGAGGCCAAGCACGAGAGCACCACCCUGACAGGCCGUUCACGUACACCACUGGUCUCCCAGGAGGAGUUUAUCAUCCUGCCAGGACAGGCCCGCUCACCACAGAUCAACACUAAGACCUACUGGAACGAGCUGAUAGUGGUGUGCGCCCUGCUGGCGUUUUCCCUGGUGGUCUUCUCUCUGUUUGUGGUCUACAGGAACCGCGACCACAUGAAAUCCAUGCUCAAGGAGGGAGAGUGCCCCAACAUGCAGCAGAAGAAGCCCAGAAUAGUGGGGAAACCGGCUGAGAACUUGCCGCUAAACGGCAACACAGUCACAGCGUCGGCGUCAGAUCACAAGGGCUACCAGACCCUUAACGACAACUACAUCUGCAGCACUCCACCGCAUGAGUGCUCGUCGCCUGACAACAGCAAGAGCUUCUCAGAGUCUGAGAAGAGGCCUCUGAACUUAAGAGAGAGCCACGUAGAGAUUUCUCCCACAUGCCCACGGCCACGAGUCAGACUGGGCUCCGAGAUUAAAGACUCAAUAGUGUGAGGCCGGUUUCAUGUUGUGUGGAGUUUUAAACUGAAAGCAAUGAGUGCACUUGCUGAGAGAGACAAACCCCUGUAAGGGGGAAAACUGAGGAUCAUCAGACUCUUCAUGGAGAGACAUUUCAUUACACAGAUUUUGCACUUUUUUUUAUUCUGUCCCUGUGGUCCAUGUUCAUUUCAUUUUGUUUCCCCUUCACUCCCCCUUUAUUCAAGUGCAUUUGGUGCACGCUGAAGAAGUUCCAGUUUGCCUUCAGACUUUUGAUGCUUUCACGUACGGCUCACAGGAAUGUAACAAGCGUAGAGGUGGUGUCACAACUUUGAUUCAGUGAUUGAAUCUCAGGCCCUGUUUACACCUGGUAUUAACAUGUGUCCUGGGUGAUCGAAACACAAGCGGACAGCUCUAAGUACAGCUGUGAAUGUAUAACAGGCGUCCUCAAUGCAUAUUGAGAUUUGAUCGCUCAGACCAUAUUCUGAGUUGGUCUGAUCCACGUGGCCAUAUUCUUUCAGCAGUGUGUAAGCUAAUGUUGCUUAGAACACAUUAAACUGCCUGCUCGGAUGACAUCCUCGCUUAUCUGACACCCCACCAGAUAUCAAACUUUUGUUGGUGCAGUUGCACAAAUGCAGAACUAAAGGACUGUCCCUGAUGCCACUCUGCUCCCGACGAACAGCCAGUUCAACAUCUGUCCGGUUAGCACGUACUAAUACAGCAGCAGCAGCAGCUGUUAAAGAGUCCCAAAAAACGUACACUGACAGUGAAACAGCUAAAUUCUGUCGCCAAACUUGUUAAUAAUUGUUAGAUAACAUUAGCCAUGUGAUGCUAACAGUUAGCCCUGUCUCCGGCUGCAUGGCUGUGUGGACUCCUACUUACUGUCCCCAGCACAGAGCUCACAGUACUGCAACAGUAGUCUCAUGAUAAACACAGAAAGAGAGUAAGGACUGGCUGCAAAUCAGUCAUAGACUAUAAAAAUAAUGGACCUAGCUACCAUGACAUAAUCCACUGGCAUGUGGACUCCUAUUUUGAAGCCUCAAAUUUGGCAUUUUGACUGACGCCAUCUUGGUUUGGAGCCAGUAGUGACCAUAUUUGGGCAAGAGGCGGGUGCUGUAGAGGAGCGAGGGGUAGAUCUGACUGAGAACUCGAGGACACUUUUGACAGACAGCCUGUCAUUUAAAGCAACACACCCUUAAUUAUGUGUAAAUUUUAGCCUUAAUGAAAUGUUAACAGAUAAGUUAUAUGUUUGUAUGUAUGUAUGUUAACAUGGAGCUCUAUGGAGACUGACUGGCUUCUAGAGCCAGCCUCAAGUGGCCGUUCAAAGAACUGCAGUUUAUAGCACUUCUGUAUUGGCUUCAUUUUUCAGCGCUCACACUUAAAAAUCAGUGCUUACGCAUUUUAAACGUUAAAAGCUUUAAGUGUGUGUAAAGCACACUGCCGGAUAAAAACAGUGACGCAUUUGGUCUUUGCAGACGGAUAUGAUUUGCAAGUUUAUUUGCAAUUGGAGCAGGGAAGUGAGAUCUGAUCACAAGUGGUCAUUUGAGACACAUGUGGAGACACAUUCUAACACCACGUGUGAACAGAAAGACAUAGCGCUGUCUACUUGUGAUCAGAUCACCCAAGACGAAUGAAAAUACCAGGUGUAAACAGGCUCUCAAAGCAUUACCACUCAGUCCGUCCAUAUAAUAUACUGGUAAUGCUCUGAAAGGCGCAUUGAUAUUCAACUAUGUUCCCACUAACUGCUUACAGUGUUUGCUGUCUUAUUUUCUGUCAUCUGGUAAGAGCCUACCCUUCGCUGAGGCUAUGCACUAUGUACUGUACUGUAGCAAGGUAAACCCUCACACCACAAUACACACUUAGAAUCCAGUGGCAGGCGAGACAGGACGAAAAAAGUCAUAGAUUUUUUUUUAUUUUAUUUUUUAGAUAGCCAGUGGGCAUUCACAGAAGUAUACUCAUUGUUUAGGCUUGAAUAUAACAGCGACGUGGACAGAAUUAAGAGACGAAGAGUUGUGCUAAGAGACUGAAAAGGUUGAUCAUAAUUUAUGAAGUGGAAGAAAACAAACAAGGAAUCACCUCAGUGGAAAUGUUGUAGAAACUCUUACCACCUCAGUCACUACACACCAAAAACAUGAAUAUUGUAGAGUGAGAAAUGAAAACACGUUUUUAAGUAUUGGUAUUAUUAGUGAAACCUGACUUUCAACAGGGUUUUCUUUCACCAAAUGUGAUAAAGGGAAAAAAAAGUCUCAUUCCAGGUAUUAUCAUGCUGUUCUUCAUGAGAUAGGCAGUCUAUGCAAAGCAAAUAAUGUGAAGUGGGGUAAACACCGAGAAAAACCUCACCUCGAGACUGAGUAAGCACAAAGGUGUUGGCGCUGUUAAUUACUUUAGGAUCAGUGGCACUGCAAACACACACACACACACACCCACGCACACUCACUCUCAUUACACUAACUAAGUAUGCAAGAGAUUUUAGCCAUUUUGGUGUAUUUUAGUGCGGCCGAAUGUUUCUGUUACAGAGACAUCUUUCAUAGUCUUUAAUGUUAUAAAUAUCUAUCACUAUUCUGGAAGUGAAAUAAUAAUAAAUAUUUAAAUACUACACCUAUUCAUAAUCCGAUUUAAAUAACACACAUCUGUAUAGCCUCAACUUUGAUAUACAUAUUAAUUGAUGAGUGUUGAUGAGUAGAAGAAAAUGCCCUCUGCUUGCUUAAGUGGUUUUAAAGUCAACCAUAAAAGCAAUAAUUUCCAUUCUUAUCCAGAUUGUGUUCCUCAUUCAGAAAUAAUGAAUUAUGAACCAUGCGAUCCACCAGAUUUGUGAGUCAGAUGUUGGAGUAACUUGAAAGCAUUUUUUAUAUGAUAUUUAAGUCUUACUUGAGUUCGGCUCUAGUAUUGUAAUGAGGCCAGCAAAAAUAAGAAUCCACUAAAACGCAGGAAGGCGUACUGUUUGACUCAGAAUGCAUAGGAUUUGCACAUGAUGUUGAAAAGCCUUAGUAUAAUGCAGGUUAUGGAUUUGAUGACAAAUCUGAAACGGAUAAUGCCUUCUGAAAAUAAUAAUCAAGAGACGUGCCUCUUGGGAUAAUAAACUAACCAGGUAGUAGUGCUGUAGAGUGAAAUGCGACACUGUAGGUGUGACAGGACUGGCCACGCUCAGCAACGAGUGAAAACGUGUGAUGUAAUACUGUCAGCGUUGUACAGUAUGUGCUCAUGAGGUGUCUUUUUUAAUUUAAUUUCUUUGUCACGGUGGCUUCAACCUUAGUCAGGGACUAAAUUUUAUUCUGAAAACUGUAGCACAUGAAUAACCACUGGCUGAUUUUAAAGUACUGAACUAUAGAUAAGCAUUAGUAUUAUGUUACAUUUCUUGUAAAUGGCACUGCAAAAAUGACUCUGUGUGAAUUUAAAAGACUGGUCGGCUAUAAUCAAUCAUGCAGUAUGAACGAUUCAUGCUUUGACUGUUAUUAAAAACAAACCAACGGCAGCUUUUGGUGAAGUGGCUGUCAUCAGAACAAUAUUAAAAUUGCAGAACAAAUAUAAAAGUGGCAGUUAAUUAGUAAAACACGUGCAGGUACUGAACAUGCUUCUCUUUGAGUACAAGCCUAAACUAUUAAUGCCACAGUGAAAGUAUCGUAGUCUGCUCUCUCUUAACGAACCACUAUAGUCUGGCCUUCUAUUUGUGACAGUACAAGUUGCUCAGACUCUUGUCGACAUGUAAGUAAAAAAAAGAAGAAAAAAAGAGUUUUUAUGUAAAAUUGUUUUGUAAAUUCAGCUGCCAAUGUAAAAAUAUUGUGAAUUGUAUUUUUUUGUAUCAUACAUCACUACUGUUUUUUUUUUUUUUCUUUUUUGUAUUGUAUAUAAAAAGCACUUUAUUUUAAUUUUUCAAAUAAAGAUCA